AUGGAAGAGGGUGUCAUGUAUGCCGACCUGCGCUUUCCCCCCACACCAGCUCCUCAGCAGCAAGUGCGCCUGCCCUGGCUCUGGGCAGCCCUCAGCCUGGGUCUCCUCUCCCUGGCGCUCCUACUGGCACAAAUCAUCCUUGUCAGCCUGAGUUUCCACUAUCUAGUGCAACAACAAACAAGCUGCACAGAUGGCCUCUGGAAAAUAGAGGAGAGCCCCAGCUAUGGGAGGCAGACACAGGAAGGGCAAUGCCAGUUUUGCCCAGUCGGCUGGCUCUGGGAUGCGGGGCAGUGCUACUACUUCUCCUCUGCCAAAAAGAACUGGGAGCAGAGCAGAGAGGACUGCUGCUCCAGAGGGGCACAGCUGGUCACCAUCCAAGCCAACACCACCCUGGCUUUCCUGGUGCGCACAGCUAACAUGGAUGCCUUUCACGUGGGGCUGAAGCAGGACGGCUUUAGGUCUGAGUGGAAGUGGCUGGACGGCACCACACUGGAAUGGACCUUCCCAGUCCAGCGCUACACCAGGUCUUUCCAGGCCUGUGGCAGGGUGUCAGGCUUGGGACUUUUUGGUGGUGCCUGCACAGAAGCCCUCAGAUGGGUCUGCAAGCAGAGUGCAGCCACCGUGCAGUGGCUCCAGUCCUCGCCUCCUGCCUUCCUCUGGGGGAACACCACCUACAGCUGUGUGAGGCCCUGA